GAAAGGCCACCACCAGAAAAGGCCCCCUCUCCUCCCCCUCGUUCUUCAACGUAUUGUGCGACAGAAACCAAAGUGGUACCAAGCCAGACGGUCGCGGUCGGUGGCGGUAUCGGUGUCGGCUGCAGGUCACCGAAACGGUCAUUUCUUUGCGCCGUCUGUUGGACUGGGCGACGUUGCUCAAGAACUUGUCGCCCGUGCUGCAGUGGUAGGAGCAGCGGUGCCAGCAGUGUGUGCGCGCUGGUUGUAGCAAACGAGAGGGUGAAGACAUAGAGAGAAGCAAAAAACAACAACAACAAACCAUCGAUCGAGAGUGUACGAAUGUUUUUGAUUUGCCCAUUUUGCAUCGCAAAAACCUGCUGCUUGGUGUGUUGUUUGCACUUGCAACAAACUUGCAGCUGGAUAGCUAAUUGAAGUAAAGACAACAGUGAGAGUUCCAAACCUGGAGUGCGUGAAACAGUGCACACACACACAUACACGUACGACAGCAUUUCUAACGGUGCUGCCAUAAAACAUAUCGAACCAUUUGGUCUGUACAGCACGGUCUGGCGAUAAGAAGACGGCAAAGGAGUGCAAUCAUUACGGCAACCAUCGUACGAUACAUCGCAGAAGCACUGUAAACAAUCCGCUGCUGGUGGCCAGCCAUACGGCUUAAGCGCACAUCCGGCUUGCGAGAUGGCAGAACCGAAUGCGCUGCCACCGGAUGUGAACCCGGAAAACAAUCCCAUCCCCGGUGCACCGCUAAUCAAUCCCGGUCGGCCGAGAAACAAUGUGCAGAAUCCCCUAAUAAACGUGCGCGAUCGGUUGUUUCAUGCGCUUUUCUUCAAAACGGCCAUCGCCUACGCCCAAACUAUACCACGACCGGUGCGGCGGGCAAUCGAGCUGAUGAUGCUGCUGAAAGCGCUGACGGCGUUUUUCAUCCUUGCCUACAUCCACAUUCGCUUUUCGCAAACACCAACAACGUGCCUGGAGCACGUGAAAAAUCAUUGGCCGCGUGAUGGCAUUUUACGUGUGGAAAUUGCAAGUCUUAGUCAAAGUGAGUACGACGGUAGCAAGCCAGGCUCGGCCGAAAUUUUGGACGAAGGUGACGUGAAUGUGUUGCGGAAUACGCUAAAAAAUGGAAUGAUCAGCAUCGAUCCUUCGACGACGUUACCGCACGAGGAAGAGACCAAUCAAAACGGGGUGGAUGUGGUGGUGCAGCACAGUUAUGCCAACAGUAGCCCGCUACCAAGCGAAAAGGCACCGUACGGACAUGAGCCGAUGACGUCGGACCUUUACUCUGCUACGCGCCAGGAGAACGUGAUCGUGACCGAAAAUCUUACCGGAGUUACAAUCGACAGCACACCGUACCCGGGUGGUAACGAGAUGGCAGGGAAGGAGUCUGCUACAGUACUAAAUCGGAAGGCAUCGGAAGCCACUGCUGCUGGUGCUGCUGCUGCUGCUGCUGCUGCUGCUGCUGCUACUACUAAUGCCGCUACCAUGCUGGGAGAGACAGAAGCUCAGCCACAGGACAAUGUGGUGGUAUACACCAAUGAGACUAUCAUGAAGUCGCUCGGUCUGCCGUCCGGUUUGGCCGGAGGAGAAGAACUCAAAUCGGACGUACCGGUGAUGGAAAAGCUGCGUAAUGUUGGUACGCAAAAUGAUCCAACAAUGCUCUCGGCCGAUCAGUACAUUGUAGAAUAUUCGCUUGAGUAUGGAUUUUUGAGGCUGUCUGCCGCUACCCGCCAACGGCUAAACAUUCCCGUUGCGGUCGUUCGGCUCGAUCCGCAGGUGAACAAGUGUUUCGGGGACUCGUUUAGUCGGCUGAUUUUGAAGCAUUUCCUCGGCUACGAUGACAUACUGAUGGCAUCGGUCAAGGUGCUAGCCGAGCAGGAAGACAACAAGGGCUAUCUGCGGAACGUGAUCACCGGUGAGCACUUCCGGUUCGUGUCGGUAUGGUGGAUGGGGCGCGGUUCAUAUACGGCAGCAUUUUUCAUCAUGGUGCUUUUUACAAUUUCAAUUUCCAUGCUGUUGCGCUAUUCACAUCAUCAAAUAUUUGUAUUUAUAGUGGAUUUGCUGCAAAUGCUGGAGUUCAACAUACCAGUUCGGUUUCCUGCCGCUCCGUUGCUGACCGUUAUUUUGGCGUUAGUCGGCAUGGAAGCCAUCAUGUCGGAGUUCUUCAACGACACCACGACCGCCUUCUACAUCAUCCUGGUGGUUUGGUUCGCCGAUCAAUACGAUGCAGUUUGCUGUCAUACAAAUGUCACUAAACGUCACUGGUUGAGAUUCUUCUAUUUGUAUCACUUCUCUUUCUACGCGUAUCACUAUCGGUUCAAUGGACAAUACAGCAGCCUGGCGUUGCUUACUUCUUGGCUGUUCAUUCAGCAUUCAAUGAUUUACUUCUUCCAUCAUUAUGAACUCCCUGUCAUCAUACAGCAGGCGCAGCUGCAGCAGAUCCUCAUUCAAUCGCGUAACGAUCAGGCCCAAGCACAGCAGGGCGCUUUCCAACAGCAGCGUGCUCCACGUGCAAACACGGGCCAGCAGCAACAGCAGCAGCAAGGGCCUAAUCGCCGCCCGGCCCAGCGUCCCCAGGGAUUGGCGGCAGCCGUUGCCCAAAACUACAACGUCCAGUGGACAAACUUGCUCCGCUUAUGGAGAGGUCAGAACGAUAACAACAACAACAUCGGCGACAUCCUGAACCGCUUGCCCCGCUACAGCCUGCACACGUUGAACGUGAACCACAUUAAUGGGCUGAAUGCGUCGCUGCGCGACAUUGCCCGCAACUCGAUCCAGUAUCUGCGCUCGAACCUGAACGUGGGCAUGGCGAUGCUGGGAGGAAACGCCGCCGUUAAUCUGUACAACAACAAUAACAACAUGUUCGGGCCGCAUCGAAUCGUACGGGCGGCCGUCGGGCUGGGGCACAAUCGCAACCCCACGCUGCAGGACGUUCCGUUGAAUGAUGACGGUACGGACCGAGACCGGGAGCCGCCCAUCGAUCGGCGCAGUAACUAUCAGCGCAACUAUGAGGAAAACAAUUUCAUUUUCCCCGAGGCGGUACUUACCACCCAGCAGCAGCAGCACCAGCAUCAGCAGCAGCAGCAACAGCAACAGCAGCAGCAGCAGCAACAACACCAACAGCCGACGGAAUCACAGUCCCACAGUCAGCGGGAUGGUUCGUCCAUUGUUGGGGGCAGCUUCAGCCCGGACGUGUCGGCGUCUUACCGAACCGCUUCGAUCGACGAUCGACAGCAAAAGACCCCGAUCGACAGCAUGUCACUGGCGCAGGACGCCAGCGAUGCUCAUCGCAUGAUCAAGAAGCAGCAGCAGCAACAGCAGCAUCCGUUGGACGUAACUCCCGGGACUGCCAUUGAAGUGCCAGUCGUUACCAUCAUGGAACGGGCGACGACCAGCGAAGCCGCUAGUCAACCACCAGCUGACAGUAGUCAAGAUUCCAGCAGCAACAGUAGCAGUAGUAGACGAGGGGUGACCGAAGCGAUCGCCAAUGUCGAUGCGGACCAAACAACGCUGCGGAGGCGGCAAACCGAUCCAGCGAAACCGAACGAAUCAUUGCUAUAAAAUUGGCAGACACUUCUGCACAUCAGCGGCUCAGAAACCGAGAACGACGAGAAGCGCAAGCUCCUCUCGCGCAUGCGUGUGAUGCUGAUGUAUUUCUGUAUUGAUGUUUCACCGAUAGGUUUGAUUUUCUGUUUGAGUCACUAUGUUUUUAUUUAAAUGUUUCUUAAUGCAUUCAGAAAAGGGUUUAUUUAUAAAACAGUUUAGACCGGGCCAUGGUUAAGCCAUGGGUUGAGAAAAGGGGCAUAAGGAAAGGCUCCCGUGUUUUGUGCUUGUGAUAUGUGAAAGGGACAACUGACACGCUGCAGCUAUUCGUGUGUAUCCGUUACAUUUACAAAUACCAAUAAAAAGGAAAAUGGCUCUAAACACUAAGCAAACGAUCGUGAAGCGUUCGUGAAUGAAAGGCAGUUGAGUUGCUACUUGCUGUUCACGACCAUUUUGGAACAAAGUGCAAAGUGUUGUGAGUGAAAACGCGAUGGCAAAACACACUCACUCACAGCACUCACACAUGAAUUGUACAUACGGAGGCGAUGAAUGUUGAUGUUUUUAAUCAUAUUAAAGUAUCUGUUUUAUUAUUAUUUUUUCUUCUAUCAAUUUUGGUGAACGAAAGUGUAAAUGAAUUAUUCGUGGGCGUUUCGUUUGCUUUCUUUGGUUUUGAUCGGGGAAAAUGGGAACAUUUCACGCCCAACACGGGGAUGUGGUACGAGAUAUUAGCGCAACCCCUUGUAGUCAGUUAGAUGUCGGUAAAACCAUACCCGUUGGACCGGUGUACCGGUUCAUCAUGCGGGUGGUAGGGGUUUGCGGUCGACUUAUUUUGUGAGUUCAUAGUUUCUGGCCAAAAUGCUCUCCCAAGCAACGUCCCCAUUCCUCCCUUCCCUUUCAUCAGACUACCCAUAUUGAUAAAAUGAUUACGAAACAAUGCCUAAACGAGCUUCAUUUAUUCAGCUUUCACAGUUCCCUAAUACAGUGUUGGGUUAAACAAUUGCAGGCAAAUAAAAACAAAAACAAGCAAGUCAACAACCAAAA